AUGUUGAUUGGAAAACAGCAUCUUCUAUUUAGUGACAUCUGCCAACUUGCCUAUCUAGUAUUUAUUAAUCAAGGUUUAUAUCUUAGUAAUUAUUAGACAAUUCAAUAAUAUUUAUAUCUUUAAUCACUGUACUUUAUGUUAGUAGCAUAAUUUUUGAAGUAUUAUGUGUAUUGCUUAAAAAUGAACAGAGAAAUAAUAUUUUUUAAAUAAUUGGAUUCUCAAUUAAGAUUAUAUGCAUUUGGUUUGCUUAUUAAGCAAAAUAAGAAUACAUUCUUUGUUCAUUAAUAUAAACUCAAAUAUUAUUUAAUAAUAUAGACUUAAAAUAGAAGCUCUAAUAACCUAUUAUAAUCUUAGCAUAAAUGGUUUUAUUUACAUUCAAUUUUGAAUAGAUUGUGUUUGAUUAUAAGUAGAUGUCUAUAAAUAUAGUGUAAUUAAUGAUAUUUAGUUUAUGGUUGUAUAGAGAAAGAAGUAUAAAAGUAAAAGAUAAUAUAAAAGAUAAUUAAAUAAAGAAUUAACAUUAAUGUACGAUAGAUAUAUAGGUUGAUACUCUUAAAUAACAAUAGAAUCUUAUUCAUACAAUUUCGACGAGAAGAAUAAAUUUACCAUAAAAUUCUUUAUUAUUUAAUGAUUAAUAUGAACUAUUAGAAACUCAAAUUAAUUUUACAGAUUUGAUAACUCAUCCAAAUUAAUAUAAUUAAGCAUUUGAAAUACUUUUAAAUUUAAAAUUUAAUUAUAUUGAAGACACAUCAUUAAAAUAAAAUGAACUUAGAAUUAUAGUAUUAGAGAUGUAAAUUGAUGAACAAAUAUUAUUAACAAUUGAUAAGAAUGAAUAUUUUAAAUAUGAAAAUCAAGCAAUGUUAAUACAAUGUAUUGUAGUAGAUGGAAUUAAGUGUUUUUAACUUUAAUUUUUUGCUUUACCAUUUAAAAUAAAUAAUAAUAAUUAGGAAAUAGAUGAAUCAAUGGAGAUAGAUAUGUGUAGAUCAUUAUCUCAUGAAUUGGGUACAAAUUUAAAUAGUAUAAUAACAUUUACUAAAAUGGCAUUAAAGGAUGAGGACAUUAAUUCUCAUUUUAAAUUAAAAUACUUAGAACCAAUUAGAAUAAAUAGUGAAUAAUUAAAUCUAAUAGUAGGGACAAUUAGAGAUUAUAAUUUGAUAAAUUUGAAACAAUUUAGUUUAAAAUUAGAAGAGAUUGAUAUAGAAUUAGAGAUUCGAUUUAUUGUUUCAUUAUUCAAUGAAAGUAUUGAAAAUAAGAACAUUAAAAUAGAAUAUAGUUUUGAUUUACAAUCAAGUAUAUUGGUGAAUGAUAAAGUAAGAUUUAGAUAAGUUUUAUUUCAAUUGUUAUAGAAUGCAAUAAAAUAUACUUUUGAAUCAGCAAUAACUAUUACUAUAUAGAAUGAUAAUUUAGAAUGUUUUAUAUCAAUUUCAGAUAAUGGAAUAGGAAUGGUAUUAUAUAUAUAAUAAUAUUAUAUAGACUGAAUAAGAAGCAGAAAAUAUGAAUUCAUUGUUGAAUUCUAAUAAAUUUGUUAAAGUGUCUGAAUAAUCUGUAGGUGUAGGAUUAGGUCUAGGAAUAUCAAAUUAGUUAGUAAAAUAAAUGAGUGGAAAGAAUAAUUCCAUAUAAUUAAAUCGUAAAGACAGAGGGUGUUAAUUUAGCUUUUUUAUAAAAAACCAUUAAUUGGAAAUGUCAAAGGAAAGUAUGAGAAAAUAAUCUUCUGGAUUUGCAAAAAAGAGUAAUUAAACAAUUAGAUUUUUAUCUGUUAAUACAUAUUUUGAAGAUUAAGUAAAAGGAUAAUCCAUUUAGAAAAUCUAAAUCUAAAAGAAUUUAAUAUAAACUCAUUCUAAUUCUCAAUAAUAAUUUAUUAUUCCAUCCAAUAAAAAAAUAUAUGGAUAUCAAGAAAGCAAAAAUUAAAGUGAAGAGGAUAGUUUAUCAUCGAUUCAUCCUCCUAUCUUAAGUCCAAAAUUUUAAUAAUCUAUUGUACAAUGCAGUCUUAACAGUGACUGUUGUUCUAGAGUAUUAAUUGUUGAUGACGAAUACUUUAAUAUAUAAUGUUUGAAAUUAUUGAUGACUAAGUAUUAAUCCAAAUGUGAUUCAGCUUAUAAUGGUAAAGAAGCAUUAUAAAUUGUAAAUCAUAAAAAAAAUCAUCCUUGUAAAAAGUGUGGGAAUCAAUAUUAUAGUUUAAUAUUUUUGGAUAUCAAUAUGCCAAUUUUAGAUGGUUAUAAAACUGUCAAAGAACUAAAAUAAUUAAUGAAAUAAUAAAUUAUCAAUAAAGCAUGGUGUAUUGCUAAUACAGGAUUCUGUGAUUUAGAUACAAAACUUAAGAGUUAUGAAGCAGGCAUGGAUUAUUAUUUAACAAAACCUUUGGAUUAGAAUGAACUUAGAAGUAUGUUAAAUGUACUAUUUCCUAUUAAUGAUUACUGA